CAGAUCCAUUAGAUACACAACAUUCGGGUGUUGUAUCUUUUGAAUACAGAACAAAACAAACACGAUUCAUAAAAUUUUCGAUAUAAUUUUGCAACAAGUUCUACUUUAGCAGUCAGUUUAGAGGAACUGUCUUGUCUGUAAAGUUAAAUUAAAUAUUUUGUUGAGCGAAAAACCGAAAAUAAUUCAACGUUAAAUUUAAAUAAUUUUUUUUUCGUGUUUUAAGAAAUUAUUAUUUGUGUUUAAGUGUAGAAUUAAUUAACUGUGAUAUUUUGACGUUUUCGUUUUACUUAAACUCGACAAAAUGUUGAAUUUGAAAUUUGUGUGCAUUUUUGGAAUUUUAACGCUAUCGUGUGUAUUUGGUGGCAUAACAACGAAUUUACCUCCCACGGCUAUUCGCACGUUAAAUGCCACCGAUGUUGGUCCAGAAUUUGUAGCUGUGGAACAGCAACCAUCGCCAAGAGCAAAUACCGAUUACGAUAAAGAUGACAAGAAUAUUGAGGACGCUCAAUUCUGGUAUAAUACAGCUUUCAAGCAGUUGGGAAAAAUCAUAAAGAAUGCCCAAAAGAAUAAGGAAAAUGCAUACAAACGUAAAGCCAAAAAUAUUAUUGUAUUUGUGGGUGAUGGUAUGGGUUUGACAACUAUCACUGCUGGUCGUAUAUACAAGGGACAAUAUUUAAAACAUGGUCAUGGUGAAGAGGAGAUGUUAGCCUUUGAUGAAUUCCCUUAUACUGGUUUAGCAAAGACCUACAAUGUGGACAAACAAGUACCCGAUUCUGCUGGUACAGCUACAGCCAUGUUUUGUGGCAGUAAAUCAGACUAUGGAGCUAUUGGCAUGGAUACAACACGCUCCAAAACCGAUGGUAAACAGGGACGUUUAACUUCAAUUAUGGACUGGGCUCAAGCUGAAAAUAAACGUACUGGCAUUGUUACAACAACUCGUAUUACACAUGCUACACCAGCUGCUACUUAUGCCAAUAUCUAUCAUCGUGAUUGGGAAUGUGAUAACAAAGUACCAGAUGAAUCGAAACCAUAUUACGUAGAUAUUGCAAGACAACUUGUGGAAACAAAUCCUGGCAAUAAGUUCAAUGUUAUAAUGGGUGGUGGUCUUAAACCACUUGGUGCUGCAAAUCUUAAUGAAGUUCGCACCGUAGAAUUUGAGGGUGAUACUGAAGAUAUUUGUAGUCGUUCAGAUGGUUUGAAUUUGCCACAAAAAUGGUUGGACUAUGGCAAAUCCAUCAAUGAUAGUAGAGUAUUCGUUAAAAGUAUAAAGGAAUUGAAAGAAGUUGACUUGAAAAAGGUCAAUAGUCUAAUGGGUUUGUUCCGUAAUAACCACAUUACCUACUCCAUAGCCAAAGAGGAAGGCGAACCUUCAUUGAAGGAAAUGACAGAGGCUGCUAUUGAAGUAUUGGAACGUGGUACUAAUUCAAAUGGUUAUGUUUUGCUCGUUGAAGGUGGUCGUAUCGAUCAGGCCCAUCAUCAAAAUUAUGCCCAUACAGCUUUACACGAACUUUUUGAAUUCGAUAAAGCUAUUGCUGCUGCCAUAGAGAAGACCAAUGCUGAUGAAACUCUUAUUCUUGUAACAGCUGAUCAUUCACAUUCCGUUACUCUCAACGGUUACCCCAAACGUGGUGCCAAUAUCCUAGGACUUGCUAACAAAACAUCUGAUCCUUACGCCUAUGAAACCAUUAUGUAUGCUAAUGGUCCAGGAUUCUACGAACAUCUAGCUAAUGGUACCGUUAAUACCGGUUCCCCAACCGAUAUUUGGCUUCCAUUAACACAAAUGACUAAAGAACAACGUGAUUCUCCCACUUAUCGCCACAUGGCCACUGUACCCUUGAAAGACGAAUCCCAUGGUGGUGAAGAUGUUAUUGUUUUUGCUCAUGGUCCCGGUUCCAGUUUAGUACGUGGUGUAUUUGAGCAAAACUAUUUAGCAUUUAUUAUGAGUUAUGCCGGUUGUAUGGGUCCGGCAAAAACUUUCGAUGAAACUUGUAAAAGUGGAGCAGUGACAGUAACUGUUCCAGUAUUUUUACUCUUGGCUGUGUGUUUAAUGCACUUUAUUCGUAAAUUUUAGUAUUAAACAAUUUUGUUUUGUUUGUUUUGCUGUAUAAAUAAAAUUAGUUCAAGUUAAUUAUAAUAUUUAAGUUAAAAGUAAUAUUUAAAAAAAAUAUGUAUAUUUAAAUAAUUUAAGAUAAAUGAAAAAUGUAAUAAUAGUAAAAAAAUAAAUGAAAGAAACUUUUAUGAAGAUCAAUAACAUCCAAAUC